AUGGCCGCCAUCAAUGCAUCACUCCGGCUCCUGGUUGAUCUGUACUUCAAGCGAGCACAUCGAAAAGCAUGUUUUGGCUUCAUCCACAAGCCUUCAUUCAUGCAGGCGCUUGAUCGAGGAACUCUAAUUGAAGACUAUGGCGAGGGUCUGAUCAACAUGGUUCUUGCUUUCGGCGCAAGAACACACUACCAUGACAACUUUGACCAGUUUAUGCAAUCUCCUCAACAGACACCGGGCGCUUUGUGGGCCGCCCGAGCUCGGGAGAUCAGCUUCAGAGAGAUCGCUGAUCCUAAACUUGUCACGCUCAUGACGCUUCUUCUGUUAUGCGAGUACUCUCUCCAUGAAGAUCAAUCCGCCCUUGCGUUUACCAUCAUUGCUUGCUGCUACCGUCUCAUGCGCCUCUUCGGCUUGGACUCGCCAAAGACUCCUGGGCAGCGGUUUUCUCCAUCGGAGUGGAUUCGCAUAGAGUCAGAAAGACGUGUGCUGUGGUCCUGCUUCAUCUUGGAUAGCAUGGUCGGGUCCGGUGUUGACGCCAAUCUUCAUUGGAAGCAGGAUUUUCCUCACAUCCCCCUUCCCUGCACGGAGCCCUUGUACAUUACCCAGGUGCCUCCACGCCCCGAUGAAGUCUUUACUAUGGACGCAUUUCAUGUUGCAGAGAGUAUCCGGCAGAUGAAUCUGAGGUCGCACAUGAUAUAUCUCGCUCACCUGCGCACCCAGGCUCUUAGGCUGAACCGGCAAUGGGAUCAAAGUUGCGAGGUCUGGCGAUCUGAGUCCCGAUUUAUGAAGCUGCUUCAUCAGCUCGAGGUCUGGUAUGAUAACCUACCCGAGCAGCUUUUCGUCAAUGAGUCGAAUGCAUAUAUCCACCGGGAGCUUAACAUUGGCGAGGCCGUGUACUGUCUGCAUUUCCUGUACAACUCUGUCGUCUGCGACUUGACGAGGGUGUGUCUCCCUGGCUACGGCUUCCCUCUGGCCGCUGCAUUCCACGAUGCGCCAGCUCCAUUCCGCAGACAGUGCCAAGACCGCUGUCGCUUUCACGCAGACGAGAUUAUUCGACUGGUCAGAGAUGUCUGCAGCCAGCCUAAGGAGUUGUUGGAUGACCAUCAUUGUAUGAUGGCUACCUACGAGGCGACGAAGAUCCAAAUCAUUCAUACAACUACGGUGACAACCAACAGUCUCGAAGAGAGGCAAAAGGCUGUAGAGAACAUUCGAGUUGCUAUGAAGUUCCUGGAGAUGAACCACUGGAAGAAGCAUGAGGAGAACAAGAUCGUGAGUGACCCAAGUCAGCGUCCAGCCAAUCUAGGACAUCUAACAACAGGGAUGGCUAGCAUCGAGCGCUCAUACCACUACUCUCCCGAUUUGGCUUUCAUGAGCUGGUGUCAGAAUGGAGAUCAUCACGAAGUUCCGUGUAUUACGACCGGCGAAGAACAAGGUGAAGUCAGCGGCCCGACGGAUACAGAGUACCUCAACAAGCUCUCCACCUUCCGAGUAGCCAAAUCGAAAGCAACACAACAACAGGCGCAAGCUCAGACGCCGCGCCAGGGCAACGACGCAGCGGAGAGCGACACCAUGGGAAGCCCCUCCAGCAUGCGCACCCUGCCGCCCGUGAUAUCGCCCGCAGGACCUGCUCCCGUGCCUAUUCAGGAGUCUUUAGGUGAGGCACAUGAGGCUACUAUUGUGGAGGCCUCAUCUGCACCCAGUUUGUUCCCGGUGCCCGGCGAAUACGCCGGGGGUAUCUCGCUGCUCAAUCCACAGGAGCCGUCGGCCGAGGAAUACAUUAGGAUUGCGGACGAGAUGUCCAAUUUUAUCACGUUCCCAGAGACGUCAUCGAUGUGGUUUGACUUUGAACCAAACCCAUAUAGUGGAUGA